GUGGUCAUACCAAGCCCUCCCUGUCUGCCUGGCCAAGCUCUGUGGUUCCUCAAGGAAGCCCUGUGGUUAUUCAGUGUGACUCUAGUCUUCAGUUUCACAGAUUUAGGCUGUAUAAAGAAGAUGGGGGUCACAUCCCUGGGCUCCAGGACAAAAUGUUCCGGAAAACGUUUCUCAUACACCCAGUGACCCCAGCGCAUGGGGGAACCUACAGAUGUUAUCUUCAUACUCUCUACUCUUAUUCAUCGUUAGCAACCAGUGAUCCCCUGGUAAUCACGGUCACAG